AUGGACCUAGACAAGUGGAUUGAGAAAACCACAAAGGACAUCGUAGCCGCGCAGAAUUUAGUCCAGAACAUUUCAAAUGAGGUGAAUGGAAUUGCUAAAUCUCAGAAUUUGCCCAAACUUGAAUCGGCGAUUCACAAGGUUGAAACCGAGUUGGAUGGCAGAGCUAAGGAUUUACAAAAAUGGAAGGCAGCGGCGGAAAAAGUACUCCAAGGAACGAUUGAGAAGGGGUAUGAUGUGCAUAAGAACAUGGAUCCCACUCAACAAAAAGAUCCCCCUGGCGGGACAGUGAUUGGCCGGAACAUUAAGAAGAUUAAUGAAGCUAAAACGGCAGUUGAGGGCGUGAAUGCUGGGCUUCAAACUGUUCACCAAGAUUUGCAGACUUGGAAUACUGCGGCACAAAAUGUGCUUAGGACAGCGGUUAGCAAAGCGCAGGGAGUGCAUACAAGGUUGGAUCCUAAUAAACAAGAUAACGGCCAUAUACUUGGUAAGAGCAUUGAUGAAAUUGACACCGCUAGAAAAGGAUUGGUAGAGGCUAAUAGCAAACUUGACACACAAGUAAAGAGUUUAGAUAAGUGGAUCACCGACGCGGAGAAGAUCCGUGACAAAGCUGAGAAAAAGGCCAAGGAAGCCUACGACAAGUUGAAGGUUAAUGCUGAAUUGAGUAACAAUGUUCAGAAAAUUGUGGACGCCAAUAAGAAAAUUGCGAGCGUGCAUACUGAGCUGGGAAAGGUUCAUGGAAAUUUGGGAGAGUGGAAGCAACAGGCCGGGGAUGUGCUUCAAGGGGCGAUUAAUAAUGCGCAAUUUGUAUAUGAUAGGUUGGGAGAUGGUCAGCCUGUGAGUCAGGGAAUUGACAAAAUUGAGAGCAAUAACAGCUUAAUUAAAGAUGCUAAUGAGAAACUUGGCACUGAAGUUGAAAAUUUAGGUAACUGGAGGGAUGCCGCCAAGGAUGUUAUUUCCAAGGCGGAUGGGAAGUGUGAUGAGAUACUUAAGAAAGUUAAUAAAUCCGGUUAUAUUUAUGUGAAUGCCCAAGAGUUACAAGACAAGGGUAAUAAGCUUUAUAAUGCUGCCAAGCAGGCCAAGGAUGAGGUUGGAAAGAAAGUCACUGAGGCUUUGAACGCUGUUGUGGAGAUGGACACAUCCCUUAAGAGGGAUUUGUACAAGGUUAGAGAGGAUAUUAAGAAAGGGAUUACAGAAGUGAUUGAGGAUUUGAAUGUUACGAAGUUGGAUGAGAAAGUGCAGACGGAUUUGCAGGAGUUGAGGGAGAGGAUUUUGAGGCUUAAAGAGAAGGUUGAUGAGGUUGGUGAUGGCAGUCUUGUUAAAGAGGAGUUGGACACACUAAGACAGAAAAAGAGUGACUUGGAUAGUCAGACUAUUAACAAAAUUACGAAAGCAGAAAAGCAACUUGAACCUAACUUUACCUCGAAGAUCCAAAGUCCGCUUAGCAAGGCGGUCGGUGCAGUCGACCAGGCGAUUGGGACGCUUGGCGGGAAUUUUAAGAAUGGUGGUGAUCUGAAUAGUCUUCAAAGCAUUUUUGAUCAUAUUAAAGGAGAGGUUGGGAAGAUAAAGGGGAAGGCGGGGAUAAGUUGGGAUAAUAAAGGUGGCUCAGGCCUGGAUGGUAUUGCCCACGGGUUGAUUAGCAGCUAUGCCGAUGCGUUCAAGAAUACAUUCCAUACUAUAGUAGGCGGUUGGGCGGAGGGCAUUUUGGGGAAGGAUAAAGAUGAUACCAAGCCCCCUAAAAAGUGGCUUGAGAAGUACGUUCAGGACAACGGUGGGAAGGGGAAAGAAGCGGUGAACUUGCUGAAUGGUACUAUACUUGGGUUUUCAUGGAGUCAAAAAAUUAUCGAGCAGAUUAAGACGAAGCUUCAUAGUGAAAUUGAGGCAGGCAAGGGGAAGGUUGAUACGUCCAGUGGUAAAAUCGAAAAAACCAUUACAUCCGUCAAAAAUGCGUGCGAGGCAUUUGUUAGUGGGCUUGAUGAGAAACUGAAAAACGACGGAUUUAAUCAGCUUGCCCAGGAGAUAUACGAUAAAAUUGCCAAUGAGAGCCGAUGGAAGGCAUACAGAAGCAAUCGACGGUACAACAAGGAAAAUGAAAUAGAACCCGCCAUAAAAGCCGCGUUAAUUGGUCUCUCCGCUACUGCCAGCCAGGUGGCCAACGAAAUUGACUCUAUCCUGCUCGGCGAGUACAGGAUGGGAGGAAAUGGCAGCGGCAAAAGCAUCGCAAGCGAAUUGGAUAGAGUACUUGAUGAGACUAAGAAGCUUCACACGGCGCUUGAAGGGGCAAUAGAUAAUUCCGGUUCUUCCACACCCAAACCAGGCACAGCCCAAGCCGUGGACAGUAGGUUGAAGGAAGUGAGUAGGCAGGUUGAGGGUCUUACCAACACCUUUACCUCAAAAGUCACAUCUGAGCUUACCAAGGCAGUUAACCAACUUCCCGGCGCCGUCACCGAUUUCGAUACCGAAGCCCAAAAGCUGAUCAAGGCCGCGGCCAAGACGGCGAUUGACAAGGCGGCUGAGCAGAUUAGUAACGGUGGUACAAUAACGCUUGGCAGCACAAAUAAACUUAUGGAAGAAUUUGACAGGUCUCACAAAAACAUCACAGCAAAUCUACAAAAACAACUCAAUGAUAAAGUUGAUGACCACAUUGGGAAGGAUGACAAGUCAGGUGGUACAGGUGGUGAAAUUAACAUUAAGAGUACGUUUGGGAAUUACGAUAAUCACGUUGUGCAAACCUCAGAGGGCCUUCAUCCUGGCAAAGCAUUAAAAGGCGAGCAUAGUGAAGGCUCCCUUCCACUGGCGAUCGGGGACAUCAAGGCUCAGGUGUACAAUGAAUUGAAAAUGAUUGAGCCAGGUACCACUGACAAGGUAAAUAAAAUAGAACUUUCAACCUUCACCGGUCCGUUCGGCUUAAUUAAGAAAGAGCUUGAAGGGAUCAAGAAAUUGGUUGAGAAUAAGGAUGCGCAGCCACCGGGCAAGGACGCUGAUGGUGUAAGAGAUUUGUUGAAGAAGCUUGAACAGGGGCUUAAUGAAGAGAAGUUUGAUGGAGCUGAUAAAGGCCUUGAGAAAAUAAGAGAAAUGAUUGAAAAAUUGCAGAAAGAUCCGUUUGGCACUCAACCCGAAGCAAUUGGCACAGCCGUCGAGCAAAUUAAGGCGCAGCUUAAAGAGCUUAGAGAGAAGUUGAAGAAAGAGCAAAAUGGUGGGACAGAAAAUGGCGUUAUUGACGUGUUGGAUGAUUUGAAAGAGAAUGGGCUUGGUGAUAAGGCGGGUUGGAGUCCAAUAAAUGUCAACGGUCAACCUCUCAGUGGUCUUGGGAAAAUCGAGAGUGAGCUUAAAACACAGAAUGCUAUUUUGCCUACCCAAACGAAAAUCAUUGCAGAAUCGCUUGAUAUAGUCUUUAGAGAAAUGAAGGGCGUGCUUGGGCAAAUAGGAAUGAAAUUAGAUAAUAUCUUCAUUCCUGAUGACGUCAUGGAUAAUUUGACACUAUUAAAACACAAGAUUGGAAGAAAUACAAAGUACGGUGACAGCCUUCAAGUAAUUCACAAUGAAAUUCAACAACUGCAAUCCGUUGUGUUUACUCAGAAACCCCUUGCCAUCCAUCAAGCCAACUCAGCAAUUAAAGGAGAACUCAAAGACCUCCAAGGUGUGCUGCAAGGCUCCAAGCCAGGCAAGGAUGUCAUAAAGUCACUGGAGGAUUUGCAGAGCAAUGGACUAAGUGGAGAUAAGGUGUGGAAUGUUAAUGGUCAAGAUAAAAAAGGCCUUAAAAGCAUCGAAAGUGACCUUAAAGGUCAACAAACUACGUUGUCCACUCAACCCCAAAAUAUCCAGACUGGCGUUGACCAAAUCACCGGUGAGCUUACAAAGCUCCAGAAGCAGUUGAGUGAUGACGUCACCAAAAAGUUGGAUGACUUGAAAAACCAUGGCCUUGGCAGCAAACAAAAUUGGGAUAUUGACGAACAUUCUGCAAAAGGCCUCACUAAAAUCACCGAAGACAUCGUGGCCAUAAAGGACAGGGACGUCGACCAAGUGAAGGAGAAGCUCAAGGAGCUGUGCACGGCGAUUAGGCACAUUGCAAAGGACGCCGCGUUCACCUUGAAGGAAGUGAAAGAGAAGAGCCUUAAUGAGUUGACUGGGAUAAAAGACCAAUUGCACAACCUGCAGAUCCGUCUGGAGCGCGGCCCAAUUCAGGCCUGCAGGGAGUUCAUUGACAGGGACGCCGACAGGUUCGGAAGGGAAUGCAUUGCUUUCCUCACAGCGUUCGUCAACGGCCAAGUAACCACCGCAAUCGAGGACCUAACAGCCUUCGCCAAGCAGCAGUGCGCCUCCAACAUCAAGGAGGCGCUGGAGGCCUUCGCCCGGAAGGUGGAGGAAGAAUUGAAUCCCUUGCCUCCGUUAAUAAACGAGGAUCUGCAGAUGGGGUAUAAAGGGUUCAUGUAUGAUUUCCAGCAACGCUUCGAGUCUCACAUCUCUCCUCUAAAGGGUACGCUGCAACUCGACGCCCUGUCCACAGCCUUCAAGCGGUUCCAACUGGCGCUCUCGGGAUACCUCAGCACAGAGAUCAAGAGAGUGCACAGCGAGGAGAGCAAGAAGAAGAAUCCCUCACUCCCACCGUCAGAGGAUCACUACGCCGAGAGGCUCUACCAAGUCACCCACGCGCUCGAGGAGUUGCUGGAACAUAUCACUAUGCAGAAACGUUUCGACCGAAGAUUACCUGGAAUGCUCGAUAAACUCGCCGAGGCAGUCGGAUCCCUGCGACCGGAGAAAUUCGCCAAAGUCACAACUCCGAUACUCGACGGCGUGGCGGAGGCAGCGGACAAGUUUGAGAAGGAACUGAGAACAGCGUACAUCUCCACAUACGACGGGGCGUUUGAGGGCCGCGUGCUCUACCACGCGGCGAAAAAGACGCACACCCCGGAGGCCACGAAAUGUGCCUUCGUUCUGCUGACCAUCACCGACACGCUGUUCCGCGAUCUGAAUGAGCUCAGAAUGAAAUGCGCAGAUGAGUGGUCUCAUAUGUUAAUAAAUCCAUUCACCCCCCUGGGCGCCUUCCUCCAGCAACGCGGCUACCGGGUCACCUCGGCGGGCGUUCCGGACGGCGAGCUCAGGAACGACAGUGACUGCAGCGGCCAGAAGAUUAGAGAGCUCACCGAUAAUAUCAUGGAGCCACUCGACGAACUCCACGACAUGCUCAAGUGUUACCUGCGUCUCUGUCACUUGCGUGUUCCCCCUGAGCCACGGUACCCCGGCACCGUCAGGGACAUUCUCGCGUGGUUCGCAGGGCUUCCUUACUCCGUGCUCUAUGAGCGCGUGCAGGCGCAUUGCAACGUCCUGUUCAGGGGCGAGGGUGAUGCAGUGGUCAAGCAUUGCUUGCUCUGCAUCCCCGGCGCACUCGGCCUUGUGACACAUCACAGCAGUACCCUCCUCGUCACCAUCUGCGGUAACGGUCGCGGCUUCGACCACGCCGACUACCCCUACGCCUGCAACUUCUGGGACAACUCACGCGGCCUCCACUACCCCUCAGACCUCGCCGAUUUGUUACAUAUGCUGACUCAUUUAUGUAAAUGUUUGCUACUUGCACUCAACUUUUUGCGCGCACGAUGCAAAUAUGAUGCCUCCACGGGCCACGGCUGGCGCGACUGCCGGUACGGCAGAAGCGUCCCCGCCGCCAGCUGGCAAUGUAACAAGCACUUAAUGUGUGAACCAAAUGGCCGACCAACGUGCCGACCAAAUGGCCAACCUAUGUGCCAGUCAACGUGCCAACCAAAAUCCCCGCUACAGGCCCAUUUGAUGGACCAUCUGGCGGGCUUCCUACCGCAUAAGUUGGCCUCCGUCGGUUGUGACUCGCAGUGCGACACGUGUUCUAUCGCAUCCCCCGGCAUGCCCUGUGUCACGCCCAUGGGCUUCUGGGACCUGCCGGAUGCGGGGUCCAUUGUCGGCAGUGGUGAGCAAAUAUGCGCCGUGCUUACCGCCCUGUGCAGUGGUGCCGAGUCACCCCUGCCAACACUGUUACGUUGCCUUUCCUCAAUUGACCCCUCGCCGCCUCAAAGUCUCGGUGACAUGUUUGCGUUCUACUGCAACGUGUUCCGGUGCCGGCAGUCCGCUGAGUACGUUGACAACGUCCACUUCACUGGUCACCUGAGCACUGCGGCAAUCCCCAGCGUCUCUCUGUACCUCUGUCCCACCACUCAGGCGGCGCAAUUGACCAACGCCCUCACCAGGCUACACCACUCCCCCGACGACCACAGUGGCGCAUCCCCAACGGACGCUGCCACUAACACCUUACAGGCCACCCACUCGGACCUGUCGAGUCUCACCGUCCGGUCGCGGUGCGCCGACUCACUGACCUGCGCCCCUACCUCCAACCGCUCUCCUUCCACGCCUACCACACCUUCCCCGAGAAGCACGCGGAGAAAAUAUUGCCGUAAUUUCCGCACGCAGCUCAGCCAAGUCGUCCACUCCAACCACUUCGCCAACCUUUUCCGCCAGAUCGACGAGCUCCUCUACUGCAUCCGUAUGCCCUUCCUCCUCUGCCUCGCAGCACUCUGGGUCAUCGCCACGCUCUACAUCUCCCACACGGUGCUCUACCGCAUGGACGUCCUCCGCAUCCGCUCGCACCUACUCACCACCAGGGCCUCACACCUCAUCGACGUCAAGGCUUUGCUCGCCGGCAGCCGCAGGAUGCUCUCGCUCUACAAGGACGUCGACUACUUCGACGAUGACGUUCACCCGUGA